AUGCUGCGACCAGCCUGCUGCCAGCCGCAGAGGCCGACCACCAAGGGCCCGACUCGGGGUCUCGAGGCCUUCGGUCGCAAAGUGACAACAACAGCAAGUCACUUGAUCGGCCCCAUCACCGACCCGACCUCUCAUCCUCACUACCAGACCGCCAUGACCGAGAUACACAAGCAGCUCCAGAAGCCCACGCUUCAACGGGGCGUCUUCGCUAUAGCGCGUACGACGCCCACCGAUUUAGUGCGCUCCAAGCUGUCGUCAAAGGAAAUUCAAUCUCGAGCACUGGCCUACGUGCCCGAUGAGCUUCUCAGAAACAUCCCUGCCAGCUCCAACUCAUACUCGUUAUUCCAGGGCUUUCAGGCCAGUUUUCCCGACUUUACCGAUGAUGGAAAGAAGCACAAGCGACGGGUGUCUCGGGGGAGGAAGAUGCUCGAUGAGAGCCCUGUGCAACCAGGAAGCCCGCACGCGGUACAGAGGUUAAAGAAAGAUAAGGCGUCAAUGAUGCACCAACUUGAAAUGCUUGGUGUUCGGAAGAAUAUGGCUAGCAGCGAGAUCCGUGAGAUUGAUAACAAAAUCGCCAAUCUGCACGGCAUGCGCAAGAUCAUCCUCGACAGGCUCGCUAAUCUUGAAAAAGAGGAGGCAGUAUUAGAGCAUGACAUCAUGGAUGUCGAGAGCAGGCUAGACGAAGCUCAAGAACUUGCUGAUGAGGCGGAAUCGUUGGCGAUGGCGACACCGAACAAGUCCGAGGAGGAUCUAUCAAGAACUGAAGAAGGAUUCAUGUCGCAAUCCAUCUACGAGAAAUUACCAGCAGCCAACACUCCUCCCGGAAAGAAGAAGCCUCGCAACCAUCGCAAGAAGACACUCCCGAUUCUCCACGAACAUUUCGAGCCAGGCACGAUGAUUCGCUCGAUGCGCGCGCACCAGGAUAACAUCACGGCUCUCGACUUCGAUGCUCCCUUUGGUCUUAUGGUUUCGGCUGCAAUGGAUGACUCGGUUCGUGUGUGGGACUUGAACGCCGGGCGCUGCAUCGGUACUCUUGAAGGUCACACGGCAUCUGUACGCACUCUUCAAAUUGAAGAUAACUUCUUGGCUACUGGCUCUAUGGAUGCGACAAUCAAGCUGUGGGACUUGAGCAAGGCCCACUACGACCCCCAGGGUAGCCAGGAGGUUGAUGAGGAGGACGAGGACCUUGCAUUUGUCAACCCGAACGAUCACGCAGUCGAUCCACCUGCCGGAAGCAUGGCUGAUUGCCCUCUUUUCACUCUCGAGGCCCAUCUCGACGAGAUUACGGCCUUGCAUUUCAGGGGAGAUGUGCUCGUUUCUGGCUCCGCCGAUAAGACGCUUCGUCAGUGGGAUCUUACAAAGGGUCGUUGCGUGCAAACAUUGGACGUGAUGUGGGCCGCCGCCCAAGCCACCGCUAUGGGCAGCAGUGACGGUCCUUGGAGACAGACCAGCCGCUCUGCCGACGGAUCCGCAGACUUCGUUGGUGCCCUGCAGGUCUUUGAGUCUGCUCUGGCUUGCGGUACUGCUGACGGUAUGGUUAGACUCUGGGAUCUUAGAAGUGGACAGGUGCACCGUAGUCUGGUUGGACAUACCGGCCCGGUUACCUGCCUCCAGUUUGAUGAUGUUCAUCUCGUCACUGGCAGCUUGGACAGAAGCAUUCGUAUUUGGGAUCUUCGCACUGGAUCAAUCUUCGACGCCUACGCAUAUGAUCACCCUAUCACCAGCAUGAUGUUUGACACCCGCCGAAUUGUUUGCGCUGCUGGUGAGGAUGUGGUUAAGGUGUACGACAAGGUUGAGGGACGGCAUUGGGACUGCGGCGCCGGCAUCACUGAGGCUGAGAAGGCCAAGUCCCCUGCAAUCGUCGAACGCGUGCGCAUCAGGGACGGCUACAUGGUCGAAGGCCGUCAAGACGGUGUCGUCGGCGUCUGGACAUGCUAA